AUGUCUGCACCGUAUUGGGGCGCGCUGCCUCAGCCAAAAGGCGUCCGGAGCCGGCGAGUUUCAGCGGAUUACACAAAUGAAUUCUCGCAAAGCGACCAGAGGGGCUCAUUGGACAUCGAGCGUACGCGCAAAGCCAAUCGCGCCUCAGUCCACACAACUUACACCGAGGCUCCCACCGACACGACGUUCAGUCCCAAUUCUCCGACAUCAGCAGCUGACUAUCAAGGCCUGGCUCCCAGACCAGCCUCAUAUCGUGGGUUCCCCCAAGAGCAAGCAUUUGAAAGAUAUGACAGGCAAGAUCGACGAUCAAACCGAAUCCCCGACGACCUCGAAAACAUGUCCCCAGCUCCGCCGUCUGUCACAGAUACUAUAGUUCGAGGCCCACCAACAAACUACCGCGACCCUUAUGCAGAUGAUUCAUACAACUACUCCUCUCAGCCGACAUCUGCACAGCCUGCGCGUCAAUCUGCGGCUCAGGCUGAAAACAUGAGCUACGGAGCAUACAACGCACCCCAACGAGACAGCCAAUAUGGCGCACCGCAACCUUUUGUCGAUAGUGGGCUCGCCCGAACAGACAGCAUUGCAUCCGCUCAACUCCAGAGAACCCCAACCAUUGGGCAGAGUGAGCGGCGGAAAAAGUUGGCAGACAACCGAUCACCCCUCCAGAGGCUUGAGCUGACGCUCGACAGCAUGACCAAGGAGGAAAAGAGAGCGCGAGUCGAAGCAGCAGAGCAGCGGGCUAGAGCAAGGGCUGCCAAAAGAGCUGCCGCCAACGCUGCUGAAAACCAAUCUCCGCUCUCAACUCCUACCCAACGACAAAACCAACGCCCUAUAGCAUUCGAAUCGCCCACUGCUGCAACAAUAUCAAGAUCCGCCACAACGCGCGACGUCACCUCAACUAAAGCCCCAACUACGCAAUCUGUACAACCCGGACAGCGAGUGUCCGAAGACUCAUACUAUCGCCAGAGCCAGGAUGGCAUUCGUCGAUCAAAAACGACGGCUGAGCACCAACCAAGGCAGCUUCCUCAACCGCCCGUCCGUGAAGAACAGCGGCCGAGGCAGCUACCUCAACCACCUGUGCGUGAAGACCAGCAACCUAGGCAAUUGCCUCAACCGCCCGUACGUGAUGAGCAACGCAGAUUCCAUUCUCAGGAAGCUUCUCGCCCGGAUGAUCAGCGCCGAUAUUCUAGCCAAGCUGCUCUUCAGUAUUCCCAGGCCGGCCCUGAUCAGGCAUCACCUGCCACAGGAGGAGAUAUGCCUAAGCGCAACCUCAGCUUCCGCGAGCGCGAUGCCUGGCGUGAGAUGAAACCACUCGACGCGGAUACGAAUCAGCCUCCCAAAGGAUCCACCGGCUUUUCACUCACACGCAGUGGAAGCAACAAGUUAAAAAAGGAGCCGCCUGCGGACGUCUGGCGUCGCAUACGCGUCGAAGCAGAACGUCGGUUGCCGCCGGACUCACAACCUGCUCAGGCUCAAUUUGAUGAUCCCGGGUCUCCGCAAGGAUCUCCGCGAGGAUAUCCUAUAGGAGCACAGCAACAGGCACGCGAUAAGGAGCUGCCUCCUUUGCCCCUGGCUGUGAAUGAUCAGACCAAUGUCCGACCAGAAGCAAAGAAGGGCCCUGCAUCUGCUGACGAUGCUGAAAUCCAGGCUAUGCAGCGGCGAACCACUGAACCCGUCUAUGCUCGAGAGGAUCGAGGGCUGAAUGCUGAAUAUGCCCCCGCGGCUGCCAUUGGCAGGAUCAUUUACGAGGCGAGUCUAAAGAACCGGGGAGCCUUUCCACAGCAAAACUCUGCAGUCAAGAGUUUGGAAGAUCAGACGAACCAUGGCCUAAUACCGGAGACACAGGAACCGCAACAUCCACAACAGCCGCAACAUCCACAACAUUCACAACAUCUACAACAACCGCAACAGCCACAACAUUCACAACAUCUACAACAACCGCAACAGCCACAACAGCGACUUGAAUCAUUUGAGCCGCCGGAGCUGCAGCAAUCACAGGAGCGCCUCGAACCACGAUUUGUACCCAAGAACCCGGAGGGGCUACGUUCUGGCGAUGGUCUGAAUAACCCGCCCCAGUGGCUAAAUGAAUGGAGGAAAGGUACGGUCGGUACCUUAUCUGGGACCCUUCUCGACCUUGUUGGUAACCAGCCUGCCGGAUCGGCGGAGAAAAACAACGGUCACUUGGACCGGGAGCAGGGAGGUCAUCAUCGAAGAAUUAGCAGCAUGAAUUCGAGACCACGUAAAGCCGAAGCAUUCGAUGGAGAGUACGAUGAUACCAGCGCGCCCACUCGGUUCAAGCCCCCGUUGUACUUGAAAUGCGGCCCGCUUCUGAGAUACUGUGGCCUGCGUUAUGAACAAGCUCCAGCUAGGCCUCGGGGGCUAGCGGCUCAAGAUCGUGAAAUUUGGAGAGGUAGCGUCAUGAUUGUCACCAAUGAUGCCGAAUCAUCUUAUGACAUUGCGCCGACACUCCGACUAUUCGUGCAGGAUAUCGAGCUCUUGCCUCCGCCUCCCCACCAGGUGAACGGUGAGCUUUCUCCCGAAUAUGUGGACCCGAUUGCCGGACAUCCCAAGCUGGGCCGUAGUGGCGAGACACUGUAUGUUCGACCCGUGGACCACCUCGAAGAAGGCAGAGAUCUAUCGCAUGAUGAGUCUGAAGAGGGCCUCUUUGAGAAAACAAGAAGCCCACCAGACGAACCACUAGCGCAGGGGCUCCAAGACUAUCCGGGAUCGUUUGCUAGCCGACGGGCGCGAGCGAGCAUUGAUGGCGAGAAGAUGCAAAAGUACAAGGAAGUGAGAGGCUUCCGUCUUCACGCCGAACAGGGAUGCACGUUUUGGCGUUUCAAUAUCGAGGUUGAGCUUCGCGAGCAGCAACAACGGAUCGCAUAUCGCAUCAACCGUGGUCCAGCUAUGGCCUUCUGGGUUCCUGGGCGUGGACAAGCGAUGAACAUGAUGUUCCAUUCGUGCAAUGGUUUCAGUAUCAGCGUCAAUCCUAAUGAGAUGAGCGGUCCUGAUCCCAUGUGGCGCGACGUACUUAAUUCGCACCAAACACAGCCAUUCCAUGCCAUGAUUGGCGGCGGUGAUCAGAUUUACAACGACUGUGUGGCCUACGACAGUCCACUCUUUGACCAAUGGCUUCAGAUCACUGUGCCUGAAAAGAAGCUCAACGCCCCUUUCACAUACGAGCUGCAGACUGAAUUAGAGCACUUUUACCUAGACCGAUACUGUUCCUGGUUCUCACAGGGCUUGUUCGGGCUGGCCACUUCCCAAAUUCCCAUGGUCAACAUGUAUGAUGACCAUGAUAUUUUCGAUGGAUAUGGCUCUUACUCUCACGCUGAUAUGAGCUCACCGGUCUUUUCAGGCUUGGGAUGGGUGGCCUUUAAAUACUAUAUGCUCUUCCAGCAUCAAAGUAUUGUGACCGAGACGGAGAGCUCUGAGCCAAGCUGGAUUUUGGGUGAGUCGCCGGGUCCAUACAUCCAAGAAGUUAGCCGUAGUCUCUACAUGUCCAUGGGCGGAAAGGUCGCUUUGCUUGCUGUGGAUACUCGCACAGAGCGAACUGAAGAUGUCGUGUUGAGUGAGAAGACAUGGGACAAGAUUACAAGCAGGAUGUAUGCCGAGAUUAGGAAGGGACAGGUAGAGCAUCUGCUCGUCCUUCUCGGAGUUCCAAUUGCCUAUCCCCGUCUUGUUUGGCUGGAAAACAUCUUGACCUCAAAAUUGAUGAGCCCAGUCAAGGCAAUCGGCAAGACAGGCGUGCUCGGCAAAACGUUGAACAAUAUCAAUGACAACUAUGAGAUUCUGGAUGAUCUCAAUGACCAUUGGACAGCCAAGAACCACAAAAGAGAACGCACCGUCAUAAUUGAAGAUUUACAAGACCUAGCUAUCGACCGUUCUGUGCGAAUCACAAUUUUGAGCGGUGACGUCCACCUUGGCGCCGUUGGCCAGUUCUACUCCAGCCCCAAGCUCGGCUUGGCCAAACACAACGAUCCCAGGUAUAUGCCGAACAUCGUAUCUUCCGCCAUCGUCAAUCGCCCACCUGCGGACAUCGUCGCCGAUCUGCUCAAUAAGCGCAACAAGGUCCACCACUUUGACAAGCAGACAGACGAAGCCAUGAUCCCCAUCUUCCAAAACGGCGUUGAUGGCAGGCCAAGGAACAACAAUAACCUCCUCCCUCACCGCAACUGGUGCUCUAUUCGUCUGUGGACACCGGGCAGCACGCCACCGCCAUCGCCUCCCAUGUCAGACCGAGGAAGGAGUCGCAGCCCAGGAGGCGGAAGUCUGCUUCGCAGGCUUUCGUCUAGACGGCGCAGGUCUACCUCGCAACAGCCUUUUGAUGUCUCACGUGAGUCCGUGAGAGGUCCUCGGCCCCCAAUUUCAGGAGGGGGCAAUCUUUUCAAGAACUUUGGGCGGCGGAACUCGGUCGACCAGCAACGCCCUGUAGGAGGAGGAGUGACUCGAACCAUGUCCCUUGGACGCGGAGAGUCGGCACAACAGAGCGCUGAUGCGGCGUACUUUGGACAACAGCACGGUAGCCAGAGCCGAUUUGACGAAGCCAACAUGAGUGGCCAAUGGAGCGGCGAGUUUGACGGCGGAUUCGCAGAUCACCGAGCUCAAGGGCAGCCUCGUCCCUUAGGCCUCCGUGGCGGCGGCGGCAGCGAUUAUGACGAGUUCUCAGCGGGAGACGAAGCCUACUUCACAUCACAAGCGCCUCGACGGACACAAACCGUGAAUUAUCAUGCCGGGGGUCCCUCUGGCCACGAAGUUGAAGAUCCAGCAGCAGUCCGUCCGUUCCACCGAACACCUACAGGACUAUCGCCUAAGGACAUGAAGCAGACCGAUAGACUCGAAGUUAAUCUAGAAGGAGCUCUAGAUAUCGCUUUGAACAUGGAAGUAAACUGCAAGGACCCUACUGGCAUUACAGUGCCAUAUCGAAUCUUGGUUCCCAAGUUAUUCUACGAAUACUCAUCCAAGGACGACCUGUUCCAGACCGCAGAGCCAACGGGGAUCAAGAAGUUCCUCAGCUUUAGGAAGAAGCCCAAGGGCCCAGCCGCAGAGCAAGAGCUGGAGCCGGAAGCGACCGAUGAGAUGGGGUAUGACGACGAAGUUGACGACGAGAGAUAUUAG